AUGUACCCUAUCAAAGUGGCUACAGGAAUGAAAAUGUAUGUUUACCACGUAACUGUGAAGAACGUUUGGAAAACUCCUGGAGAAUGUCAACGAUGCAGAGUUGUAUACAGUGGCACGAGACGCUUCAAAUUGAAAGGUCAUUCUUCUACAAUUGUCGAGCAAGGUUCUUCAGCUUCACUUUACUUCAGAGGCACAGAAAUUGAACUUUUUCAUUGGACUGUAAGUAGGUCAAAGAAAAGUUUUCAACUCCUGUUUCGGGUGCAUUCGUGA